AUGGCGCUGAGACAAAGUGUGGACAAUUACGGGGAAGGCAAAGGGCAGAAAAGGAAACCACAACCAAGCCUCUUUGUGAUCUUAACGCCUACUCUGAUGGAGUUCAGAGGAGAAAAGAUGCGUUUGGCAGAUGAUUACUUCCAGAGAGCCAUCCGGAUGCAGCCGGAUGUGGUGGAGUGGCAGACCAGCCACGUGUUAUUGUUAGUUAACAUGGCCAAACACAGUGAAACAGGAGUCGAGGAAGACCUCAUGGAGAAGCUGAGAAGAGCCAAGGAACAGGAUCCAGAGAACCUGUACCUCGCUGCCAUUUACCUCCUGCAACUCGCUAAGAAAGGAAAACCAGACCAAAGUGGAGCACGAGAGUUAGCCACAAAGAUUCUGAGAAACCCUGUCAGCAGCUACAGUGGAAUCAAACCUUUGCUGUGGUUUUACAUAACCUUCACCUCCUUGGACGAGGCUGUGGCUUUGGCAGAAGAGGCUCUAAAGCUACAUCCGGAUGAACGUUAUCUGAAAAGAUGUGUCGCACUCAGCUACAAAUGGAAGAUCUGGGAGAAGAACAGUCGCUCAAGUCCGAGCCUGAUAGAGAAAGGGAUCCGUGCCCAUGAGGAGUUGAUUUCUCUUUAUUCUGAUUCCUCAUUUAUGAAGAGAAUUGACCUCGUAAAUAUUUACGCAAAGUCAGAGAACACCAAGGCCAAAGCUGAGGAGAUCUUCCAGCAGCUGCUCGUAGAAGAUCUGCAAACUGAUGAAAAACAAAUCUUGUUCAACAACUACGCAAAAUAUCUGUACUACAAUAAACAGCAGUGUAACUUGUCAAACAAGUAUCACAUGAAGGCGGUGGAUAUACAAAUCAAGUCCGUCCAUCAGAGGAACAGCAUCAAGCUUCUGGAGAAGAUCAGACACAACGAGGGGAACCAAAAUGUAGACAGGUUUCUGUCCAGUCUGUAA